AUGACGGAAUCGCAACCUACGAAAUCACCCUCGCGGUCCUUCCGCUCCUUCAUUUGGGAUACCGACACCCAUCUCAAGAGCCAUGAAGAACGAGUCCUUCUGCGAAAACUGGACUGGUCCAUCCUCACCAUCGGAUGCCUGGGGUUCUUCAUGAAGUACCUAGACCAAGGCAACCUGGCAAACGCCUACGUGUCGGGGAUGCAGGAAGACCUGAGAAUGUUCGGAAACGAGUACACUUACGCCCAGACAGCAUACACUUGCGCGUAUGCCAUCAUGCAAGUGCCGAGCACCCUCAUCGUGCAGAAGAUCCGACCAAGUAUCUGGCUGGCUUGUAUGGAAGUUGCAUGGGGUGUUUUCACCUUUGCUCAGGCCGGCACUCAUAGCUCCAGUCAGCUUUAUGCGUUUCGUUUCUUCGUGGGCUUCUUUGAAAGCAGUUUCUUCCCCGUGUUGCUCUACGUGCUUGGGAGCUGGUAUACGAAGACGGAGCUUGCUAAGAGAGUGGCCAUUUUUCACAUGACUGCACCCCUUGGCUCUGCCUUUGGAGGAUAUCUUCAAGCAGCCGUGUACAAGAGUCUCGAUGGUGCCCAUGGUCUGUCUGGAUGGCGAUGGCUAUACAUCGUUUGUGGAUGUAUGACUGUGCCUGUCGGUCUAGCGACGUUCUUUUUCCUCCCCGACACGCCAUACACCACGAAGUCGAGGUUUCUGACCGCCAAGGAAUGCGAGCUGGCUAUCGAGAGAGUCCAAAAGGCUGGCAAGGCGGCACCUGCAGGAGUGACCUUUGCGACCUUCAAGCGCAUCUUAUCAAAGUGGAGGUGGUAUGCGUUCGUGCUGGGUUAUGUGCUGUAUGGCGAAUCCUGCCAAGCCAGCGGCUACUUCGGUAUCUGGCUCAAAUCGGAAAACUACUCGGUCGUUGACAGAAACGUGAUCCCUACCGGCUCGAGGCUGAUCAUGGCCUUUUGCGUCAUUCUAUGGGGCUUUUUGUCUGAUUACACCGGCAGCCGGUUUGCUUUGAUUUUGAGCCCUUUGAUACUGGGCCUCAUACCCAACGGCAUCUUGGCUGUAUGGCCUGCCAGUGUUCCCCUGAAAGAGGCCGCAUUCCUCACGAGCAGCAUACAUCUAAUGACAGCAGUCUUUUACACCUGGGCGAACGAAGUCUGCGCUGGCGACAACGAAGAACGCGCACUGGUUAUUAGCAGCAUGAACGGGAUGCAAUACGCAGUUGACGCCUGGCUACCUAUCGUGAUUUUCCCUCAGACUAUGGCACCCAGUUUCAGACGUGGUUUCCCCGCUACUUUCGGGUUCAUCAUCGCCGCAAUAAUUGCGGUCAUCAGCAUCAGACUCCUCCUGUUGCGCGAACAGAAGAAGAAUCCCGAAGCUCCAGAGACUUCUCUAGAGGCCGGUGUUAUUAUUGAACACGACAAGACAGCAGAUAGCGCAGGGGAGGCCGAUAGAGGCACUGAAAAGAACUAG